AUGUCGCAGGAAUUUGAGGGACCAGUAAAACAAGAAGAGUCUAACAUCCAGGAUACUUCUCAAAUAAGCAAAUGUACUAAUCCAGAAAUACCAGACAUUUCAAACUCUGUUGGCGCUAAGGGAAAACAUAAAGAUUUGAUGAUUGAAUCGAAUUUUGAGCCGGAAACUCAAUCAAUGAUAGAUGAAUUGGAAAAGCAUGUUGAUGAACUCGAUCAAAUCAACAAACUUGAUUUUCCUCACGAAGUGUUAAUUAAGUUGGACACACCAGUUUCUGAAGGGGAACAGAACGAAGCUAAUUAUCUCUCGGAUGCUACGUCAGAUUAUACUUCGGGCGAUGAAAAUGUGCUGACAGAGGAGCCCGAAUCGAUACCCACAAUUGAAAAUGUGAAGUCGCACGAGAAACGAGAAAGCAUUGAUGAUUUUGAAAAGGCGUGGCGUGAUUUUGAUUGGUCUUGUGCGCAACUUUCGCCCAAACGAACGGAUUCGAAUCGAGUAUACUCAAAUAGCUGUACGAUUAACAAUCUAAGUCACUUUAAAAGUUUUAGCCCUAGGAAAAUUCUGAGUUAUAAUUCUAGAAGAACUUUCAAUCUCCAAGAUAGCGUAAUUUCUAAUAAGGAUUCAAAGAUUAAAUCGGAAAAUGUUGAAGAACAAAUCCAGAAACAAAGCAAAUUUGUUGCAGCAGAGAAAUCAAAUCAACUAAAAGAAAUCACGACAUUAAACGUUGUCACCACCACACUAAGCACUAACGAACAAACUGUCCAAGAAUACAAAGGACAAAUUUCUGUCGAGAGGAGGUCUGAAGGCAGUUCCGACUCAUUACUAUCUAGUGACAUUCUUCCAGAUAUGAUGCUAGUUCGAAUUAAAUCAGUGGAAUUUAAUUCAUCUCAGAAGAUAAAUCCCAAAGCCAAAACAUCGUUUCGUCUUGUAAUUCAUUCGGUGACACACCAUACGAAGCCGAGUAUAUCGAUUGAAGAAAAACUAAGAAAGAUGUUUCUUUUCCCGUUCGAUUAUCAUUCAUAUGUAUUUGAUGCACUGAAGUUUGACGUUUAUGAUCACGGAUCUUUUCUUAAUACCAAGAAAAGACUUGGUCGAUCAAUUGUUCGUUUGAGAAAUUUAAAGGAGGCUAUUUUAAACAAGAAGGAGUUUGAGGGAACAUUUCCCCUGGAAACCGUGGAGUUUCCGAAUUCCCACGAAGUUGGCACCAUUUUGUUAAACAUCAAAUUCCAUUAUCCUGACGAUCCUCCCUUAACGCCGCCCACACCGUCUCAACCAUCAAUUGUACGUUCGAAAUCCGAUUCCGUCGUUACCAAACAAAGAUCUAUCAGUGAUGUUUCGAUUAAAAUUAGUGAUGCCGAUGAAUCAGAACUCGAUAAUAUCAUACUCCCCGAAAACAAACCACUUGGCAUACUUGACAUGGUUCUAAGCCAAGAAACCAGGGAUGCAAUCAAAGAAAUUACCGUUCUUUAUCACGCAUUCUUUGACCACGGUUGGAGACUGACAAAAUUGGAAUUUUUAAAAGCAUAUAUGUUACUCGAGAAAUAUUACACUCAAAAGCCAAAUCCGGUGACAGGAAACCUAUUUCACAAUUCGGAAAAAAUAAAGGUGGCUCAAUACUAUUUAAAGUAUUCGAUGGCAUCGUAUGGUUCCUUUCUGUUCAAUUUCUUUGGAUACGGGCAUAAUAUGGCACCACUGAAUGCAUUUAGGAUGAAUUCUGACCGUAAAGCAGUUCAGGAUUUCUUCGGUCUUGACAAGGGAGACAUUAUUUGUUGGGAAUAUGGUCAGAGGACUGUGUCCGUACCGAAUUAUAUGAUUGUUCGUGAUCCGGAGACCAAUUCGAUUGUUAUAUCAAUUAGGGGAACCAUGAAUAUCACUGACGCUAUAACCGAUGUUUUGACUCACUACGAACCGUGGAAUGGAGGGGUUGUUCAUCGUGGAAUAUUACGCAGCGCUCAAUAUUUGGUGAAUCAUUCGCUGGCGGAUAUUCGAUCUGCAGUGGCGAAGUUCAAAUCCAAUGCUAUACAAGUAGUGGGUCAUUCAUUGGGAGCAUCCAUUUCAUCGAUAGUAACCAUACUUUUACGCGAACAAUGUAAAGAUUUGCUUGCACGUGGAGUUGAUAUUCACGCAUGGAACUUUGCAACAGCUCCUUGUUGCUCACUAGAUUUAUCAUGUGAUCCGGAGUCAGUAAAAUGCAUUGAUAAUUUCAUAAACGAGAACGAUAUAAUUCCACGAUUGAGUUACGGGAAUUUAAUGGAUUUUAAGGAAUUGGUGAAAUUUGCAGCUAGUGAAUUGAAAAAUGAGAUUUACAAAAAGCUUAAUUCCAGGGAUAAGCUUACAAAGAUAAUUGCUGCUAUUGACGAUUACCGUACUUCAUUAAAGCUUAAUUCAUCGGAACAAAAACUUUACAUACCCGGAAAUAUAUAUUACCUUUACAAGGGAUUCCAUCGAUUUUAUACUAAAGACAUUGUGUGUGAAGUAUCAAGACCAGAUCUAUUCACAGACGUUAGCUUGAGAAGGAAUUGGUUGUUUCAUCAUUUUCCGGAUCGAUAUGACAAGAAAUUUAAAGGCGUCCUGAAAUAUUUGGCUAAAAAAAUGAAUGAUCAGGAGCUUGAUAGAGAGAAAAGGUUUAGGAGAAAAUGGAAGAAAAUAGAAGAUAUCGAGUCGGUCGGAGAGGAAGGAGGAAGGGCCGAACGAUGGAUUUCUAGAAGCGGACACAUUUAG